AUGUCUGCACAAUCGGUAUACAACAGCCAGGUCGACGAGGCCUCCCAGGAGAAUGAAUUUCCUGAAGACUUCGAUGAUCUCUUUAAUAAAGCAUAUGAAGAAGAAACCGCCGCCGCCCCCACCCACGCCCUCGCUUCCGAGCCUCAAGCGAGCGCACCGCUUGCCGAAAACGGCCAGGUCGACAAGACCUCCGAAGAAGACGGCUUCUUUUACGACUUCGAAGCAGACAUUGAGAAAGCGCAAGAAGCCGCUGCCGCUGCCGCUGUCGUCGUCGCACCUGAGCCACAAGCUGAAAAUGGCCAGGUCGACGAGGACGCAGAAGGUAAUGGCUUACCUGAUGACUUCAAUGUGAACUUUGAUGAAGCGUAUGAAAUGGAGCAGAAAGCUGCCGCCGCUGCCGCACUCCAAAAAAAAGCGAACGCAGAGCUUGCUAUUAACUUGGGCAUGCGUGUUGACGAUUGGGGAUUUGUUCGACCCAAAAUUACUAUCGCAGAAAGGCGAGCAAGGCAGCGAGCCAAGAGACAGAGAAGGGAACAAGCAGAAAGAGAGGAAAGGGAGAGAAGAAUCGCUUCUUAUCAGGCCAGUGGUACAUCGAUGGAGCAAGCUAUCUGCUUGGACUAA